UUUUUUUACAACAUUAAUAGCACAACAAAAACUUGUUACAUUGUUAAAAAUACAUUUGUUUAUGAUUAAAACUUUUGAAAAAACAAGCUAUGUACCGUCAGACUGGAAAGAGUUGGGUGUCUUCGAAUCUUGGGAGUUACCUACUGUUGUCCAAGUUCAAAAAUAAAAAACCUCAAACAAAGAUAUAUGAACAGAUUGAAAAAGGCUUGAGAGACACAGGACAAUUUAAAACGGAAAGUAAGAUAUUUUACACAGAUCAUAAUAAUUUAAAUGAAUUUAAUGAUGUGCAAGAUGCUAUUGAGAUAGACCAUAAGAACAAAGAAAAUAUUAUAAAAGAUAUAUCAUCGAUUUUAAAUAAUGUUAAUUUUAAAGAUUUCACUAUUUCAAUAUUGAAACCUGAAAAUAAAUAUAUUUUAACUAAUAUCAGUACUUAUAAGAAUAAGUGGAACAGAAUUGAUAACUUAAGCGGUUCUAUUAUGAAAGUUUACAAUUCUUUUAAUUAUACAGAAGAUAUCAAAUACGAAGCUAGGCUUUUAGAGUUACCAAUGCCUGAUGAUUUUAAACUAGUGAUAAUAACACCUAACGAAGUAGAUGUGCUAUGCAAUUUAUUUAAUAAAUUAACAAGUCAUGGUUUGACAGUGGCUAUUGGCAGUAUACAGCCACUUUUUACUUCUAUCUGUGAACUUCAAGCACCACAUAUUAAAUUUUCUUCUACCUUUGAUACAUUACAGCAUAUCACUAACAUUGACUAUAAUUUAGCGAAAUCAGAAUACGGAAAUGUGAAAAUUGAUGAAAAAGGAGUUUCAAUCAAAGUCUGUACUUAUAUGUUUCCCUCUAAUACUCGACCAAGAGAAUGUUCGAAACUGGAAUUUAACAAUCUGAAAAACACAUUCUUUUUCGGACUGAUAUUUAAAGACACGCCCAUUUUUACUGGACAGUACGUUAAUGUAACCAAGAGUUAAACAAUAAAACACUAUUAAUAAA